AUGCGAAACUUCACUUUAGCUCUUCUGUGCUUGAUUGUCGCUAUCAGCGCUUAUUCGGUGAGGAAGUAUGAAUUCGGCUCGGAUGACCAGUUGCUAGUUCGUGCAGUCAGGACCGCUGACAAGGAUUCCUCAGAGGAAGGAGACUCUAAGGGUUUCUCUGACUCGAAAGAGAACAAGAAAAAGGAAGAAUCUGAAGAAGAAGGAUCUGGCGAGGCCAAACGCGUGAAGCGAAGCGCUGAAGAGUCCUCUGAAGAAGACGACAAGAAGAAGAAGGCUUCCCCUGGAUCUGAAGAAGAUGAUAAGAAAAAGAAGAAUGAGAAGAAGGAUCAGUCCGAAGAAGAAGGAUCUGGUGAAGUGAGGCGUGUUAGGCGAAAUGCUGACAAGGAUUCUUCGGAAUCAGCGGAGGACGGCGAGGGAAAGAAGGUGACUUCCAGCUCGGAUACAGAAGGGUCAGGAGAGCUUGUAACUUCACCCUUGGUCCGCGUCGCUCGCGAUGGUGAUAGCCACAGCAGUGAAGAGUCGUCUGGUGAGGCUCCUUCCAAGCCCGAUGGUGAUGGCCCAGCAGAGAAAUUAACUCGAGUGAUUCGUGAGGUCGAAGGAUCUGGUUCUGAAGAGUAA